CUGCGAUGAUCAAGUGCGGUUGUGCAUUGGGAAAGGUGUAAUGUGAUGCUGAAUUUCAAGAGAAAAUCCGCAAUUUUGACGCUUUUCCACAGAAAAUUUCGGAAAACUGUUCAGUAUACACAGUGAGCUAGUGAUACCGCAAAAAAAUGGACGUUUCCACGCAAGAUUCGACCCGAUAGUGAUCUGUCGAUCAUCUGGCGCCGUCUUGACCUGGGCCAAGAAACCCAUGUUUGGUUCAAGUAAAAAUAACACGCAGAAUUUUUUCCAGUUCGGGCGAUAUUGAGAAUCAGCUUUGCUUUUUCAACAUGAUUUUGCCGUUUUAUAAAUCGCUGAUGUUUUUGGCCCUUUUCGGGACAUUCGGUAUAUACACCAGCAAUGCCCAUGCUGCUGUAGGGAAUACACCCCAAGUGACAACAAAAUGCGAGUACUACAAUAGUACCUGCAGCAGUCAACAAGGUUGUGAAGAGGUGGAGGAAUGUGGACACCCUGAAGAGGGACAACAGAACCACUGUUACGUGUUGUGGACUAUGGAGAAUGGAACAAUCACUGUCUCAUUGAAGGGUUGUUUCCUGAACGCUGCCGAUUGUGUAAACCAAACAAAAUGCGUGGAGAAAUCACAGAAUCCCAAGAACAACUUGUUGUAUUGCUGCUGUGAAGGGAACAUGUGCAACACGAAUUUUUCUUGGGAACCUGCACCUACGGAACCACCGCCGCCUAGUACUGCAGUACCAGCAUUCGACGAUAUAAAUUAUACUCUGUAUUGCAGUAUUUUCAUCCCACUGUUUGUGGGAUUUGUCAUUUUAGUAGCUGCAGCCGUUUUCUUCUGGACUCGAAAAAACAAGCAUUACUUUAACGGGUGGGGUGUAAGUGGAUAUUAUCUUUUUAAGUUACCGACGUCGGAACCGAAUCCUCCUCCACCGCCGUCAUCUCCGUUUCUCGACACCAGACCUAUCCAGCUUUUGGAAAUCAAAGCUAGGGGUCGAUUCGGCGCUGUAUGGAAGGCGCAGUUCAAGACUGAAGAGGUCGCUGUCAAGAUAUUCCCUAUACAGGACAAGCAAUCUUGGCAGACUGAACAAGAUAUCUUCAAACUAGCCUAUAUGGAUCAUCCGAACAUUCUGCAUUACAUUGGCGUCGAGAAGAGAGGAGACAAUCUCCAAGCUGAAUUCUGGUUGAUAACAGCAUAUCAUGACAAAGGGUCGCUAUGUGAUUACUUAAAGGCGCACACUCUGACGUGGAACGAGUUGUGUCGCGUGGCAGAAACUAUGUCGAGAGGUUUGAUGCAUCUUCACGAAGCUAUACCCGGAAGGCUACCAGGGGAGCCAUCGAAACCCUCAGUGGCCCACAGAGAUUUUAAGAGCAAAAACGUGCUUUUGAAGAGUGACAUGACAGCUUGUAUUGCCGAUUUUGGCCUGGCUAUCAUUUUCAAGCCUGGAGAGUCCUGUGGAGAUACGCAUGGUCAAGUAGGAACGAGACGAUACAUGGCCCCGGAAGUCCUAGAAGGCGCGAUAAACUUCACCUCGGACGCGUUCCUGCGCAUCGACAUGUACGCUUGCGGUCUCGUCCUGUGGGAGCUCGCGUCUCGGUGCACGGCGCAGGACGGACCUGUUCCAGAGUACAGGCUGCCUUUCGAAGAGGAGGUGGGGCAGCACCCCACCUUGGAGGACAUGCAGGAGGCUGUGGUGCAGAGAAAAGUGCGGCCGCACAUACAGAAGCAUUGGAGGCACCACGCGGGCUUAGCUUCAAUGUGCGACACGAUGGAAGAAUGCUGGGACCACGACGCUGAAGCGAGACUUUCAGCGUCUUGCGUCAUGGAAAGAGUCAUGUUGCAGUCCAAGUACCAACAAUCCGCUUUGGGCGGCUGGAGGAUAGAAAACGAAACGCCUAACGCGCCCCCCAAAGACUACAGUAUCAGCAUGUAGAAUUAAGCAGACAGAAGCUAGGAGGGUAUUGUACCUGCAAUUGCAUAGAAAGGAGUACCUGUAAAACGAAGCAGCUCGUUGCCACACUAGAUUUUCAUAUCGAAAAAUAGUUUUAUAUUCCAAAUCAUGUCAAACAUUUGGUCAGCUGAAACGUGAUUGAUUCUAGAGCGUUUCACGUUAUUUGAUGGCAAUGAACGAAGAUGUAUUUUAUUUAGGCGACAUAAAUUUGGAAUUAAAACUAUAUCAACAUUUUUCAUAAGUAAUGCCAAAAAGGUUCGAUUCGUGAACCUCACCAUUCCAUGUGCCAACAAUAGUUAAAUAGAGGGAAUCUCUCUGUUUUUAACCAGACUGACCAUAAUCGUUUUUAUGUGUGGUGACUAACCAAUAUAAGAAAUAAACUACGAAUGUGUAUCUUUGCUUUCAGAAGAAAAAACAACAGGCAGGAGUGCGAUCGUUAAAAGGCUGACACAGGUUGACUCUUGACUCAGCUCUUUGCUAAUUCAGAACGCGAAAACCCAAAAGAAUUACGGUAGAUAAAUCUCGAAUUCUUCCUGAAUUCCUCUGGGCUUUGAAUAUUAGGAGGGGGCACAGACCUCAUGGUGAAUCUAGCUCAAACUUCGGAAUUUAGCUCUUCGGAGCAUCCCGAUCAAAAGUUUUCAUGGGCUCUUAACAAUCCUAUGACCUUCAAUGUUAUGGUCCGUUUCAUCAAUACACUAAUGCAAACUGUCAAAUAUGCAGGUUGUCAAACUGCGGUGUUUCUUAGAUAAAAAACCCAACAGGCAAUAACUAAUAAACCCAUAAGUAAGUCAUUUUAAUCUUCCUCUUUUAAAAGGGCCUAUCCGAAUGUGUAAUAAAACGUACAAACUUGCAAUUAAAAAAAAUUAAGGUCGAGCAAAAUUGGAACACGCUGUAUAAUUGUGAGUAUUUGAGAAAUGUGUCCUUGGGUACCAUGUAUAAUAACCAUCUUGGUCUUUGACGAGUUUUUGUUUAGGAGAAAUACUCCGUUCUCGCAUGCUUGAGACACUGUAUAUCAUGGAAACGCUUUAAGAGCCCAUGAGAACUUUUGAUCAAGGUGUUCUGGAGAGGUUUUCCCCAAAGUUUGAGCAAGGAGGACGCUGGAAUUGAUACGGCUUUUCUGACACGACUUGUUUGCUAUUUUUUUCUGAGGGCAUAGACACGUGCUAUUAAACAAAUUUUCUGUGACGCGACGGACGUUUUUACCGUAUUUUGCGUCGCGUCUAACAUUUUGAGUAUUUCUUUUUGUACGGUGUUGUAGAAAAAUAUACAGAUGUCUUAGGGUUAGUACAAUGAUGCGGAUGGAAGUAUGAUAUGUCUGGGAAACGGUUCACAUUUUUUCGGAAUAUUUAAAAUUUCAGAUGAACGCUCUUGAUUGACAAAAUUCGUCUACGCAUGCGUUUUUUUAGAAGUUACAUAUCAAUUCUACAUGAAUUCGUGAAAUUUGAAUUGUAUAUAUUUUUUAUAUUAACGAUAAACGUCUCUUUAAUAUAAUAUUUGUUGUACGGGAACAUUGUGCUAAAAAGUUAAGGAAAAUAAAUCGACUACUGGUAUAUUCAGUAUUUGUUGUUUAUACAGGGUGAUUCAGAAAACGGUGGCGUUAUUUUCGAAAACUGUGCGAGAUGGCCGGUAUUUUUAUGAGACAAAAAAUGAGGUCUUUUACAUGAAAAAAAAUCCGGAGUCCUUGGGAGAGUUGUGAAAAAACUUUGCUGUAAUUUAAGUAGGGGUGGGGGCAGUUUUCACCCUUCUCGAACUUUUUCAGUUUUUUUUUUUGUAAAAGUCAAAUAUUAGGACGUUUAGCAAAACGGUGUUGACUUGACGUAGAAACAGUGAUGACCAAAAAUUUUCGUGGCUGAAGUUGUGACAGUAGCGUGGAAAUUGGAAAAUUCAAUGCCCCACAGAAAGAAAAUCAUUUUCCACGUCACUAACUUUUUGGGAACAUCUAUUACAUAUUUUAAUAAUAUAUUAGAUUCUCCGUGCACCGCCUGUUUUCUUGUUAUAAUAAUAGUAAUAAUAGACGUCUUCGUUUUAUAUACAAUAACAUAGUAAUGCAGCUGAAUCACCCUGUAUAUUAGAUGUGCUAUUAAAAGAUUAUACUUCUGUGCACACACAACACGACGUCUCGAAAAACCUGUUUUUGUGUACGGCCACUUUUUUAGAAGAAAUUCAGAUGAACGCUACAGCCCACAAAAAAUAAUAAACAUACGUACAAGUCGGAUUGUUUUCCUUCAUAAAAUUAUUUGUAUAACUGUUACAUUUAGAUCAGAGGAGAAGCAUAUUAUGUUUGUAGGGAAAAUCAGGAUGGUAUAUUUUUAAUGAAUACGAUAUUUUGCAGAAAAUAUUGAAAGAGACGUAACGUAAUGUUGAAAGGAAAUAUGAGAAUAUUUUUUUAAUUGUUGAGACAGAACCUACGAUACCUGAACUUGGAUUUUUCAGUUUUUAAAGUUAUAGGAUUGGUCGAAAUUAUAUAGAAAAGAAAUAUUCAAAGCAUGAAUAUUUUCUAUGAAAAAAAAUAUCUUAUUAUGGUACUGUAUUUACUUUGUUUGGUGUCUACAUACGUUUUGGAGAAUAUAAUAUACACAUUUGAGUAGCUGAACAGUUCCAUUGUAUCGAAGUUUCAAUGACCUGCAGAAUUCGUAGGCUAGGAUUGAAAGUUCGAAAAUGUAAAUUACACAAAGUUUUUACCCAGAAACUAGAGUAUACUUUCCAAAAAAUCUUCGGAAAAGUAUACUCUGUUUUUGGAUAAGAGGGUGGGCUCAAUUUUGGGCUUCUGUUGUUCAAUGAUUCAAUUAUUUUUCACCUAUUACUUGGUGGACGAGACAAGAAUUAUCUGUUGUUCGAUCCAAAACUAGACCGUUUUUUUUUUUUAGUUUCAACAUCACUGUCGUCUGUUCCUUUAUACAAUUGGACUUCAGAGAAUUUUCAAUACUUUCAGGUUAAAAACAAGUCUGGUGAUUAUAAAAAUCCCAAAGUGCAAUGACCGAAAUCCCCUACUUCUAAAUAGUGGUAACCGACUUUGACGCAUUGAAGCUGUUCAGCGAUCUUUUUAGGAAUUUGUGAGACUGAAAUUGGACAUAUUAACAGAAAUAAUCGUAUUAUUCAUUCGAAAAAAAAAAGAAUAACCUAACCUGCUUUAAGAUUUAACUUUUUAGCAUCUAGUUAUUUUAGUUCUUCCAUUUAUAAGUGUAAACAAACGGUUUAGGAAUCUAUAGUACAGAGUAUUUUAUAAGAGAAUUUUUACGUAAACACUAUCCAUUUAAACUUGAUCUAAAGUUCUGCGACAUCGAGAAGAUUUUUCAGUUUGUUGACUUUGUACGAUUUCUUUUGAUCGUCAUGUAAUCUCGGUAACCACAGCAACGAUUUAGGGUCAUUUGCAGUCUCAUCUAUGUUGCUUCAUUUUCCAAAAACCGCAGUUUGCAAUUUUAAGUCUAAACGGAUAGUUUUUCAUGUUAUUUCUAUGAAGGCAGCUGAUUUUUUCGUAGUUCUACACACACUGAUCUUUGGGUUGCUCACAUACGUAUACGGGGUGAUAAAAUGUAAACAUAGUAAAAAUAUAAGUGUUACACUAAGAAAAAUGUUAUUGAAUAUAGGGUGUAAAAUUCAUCCUCUUUAUAGUGAGUGCGGUAGACCUGGACCACUGAAUAAAAGAAAAUAUCUAUAAACAAAUAAUUAUGAAUUUAUCUUAAAUACGUCUAACGGCUGACCUAUAUUCAACUUUUUGGAGUUGGAGUUUCGAAAUGGCCGGGAGAAACUUACAGGUAGUUUGUCCUAGGGCAUAUUCCGUAAAAAAAUCAUUUUUUGUAGUACACACGCUGCACAAGAAAUACUAUUUAAUGGUGACCUUGGCCAUGACUCUCAAGGUCAACUUAAACUUUUACGACCUUCAUCCUUUACACCUGUCGUUCCAUUUUUGAGUUCCAAAGUGAGUGAAGGUCGUUUUCAAGGUCAUUGUCAAGGUCACCCCCAAACGUAAGAUUUUCUGAUCUUUCACUCUGCGAUCUCAUGUUAUACGAUUUUCAAGUUAACCUAUGAAUGACCUUGAAGGGCAUUUUCAAGGUCACUGUUAAGAUCACCUCCAAACGUAAUAUUUUCUGAUCUUUCAUUCUGCGAGAUCAAAAACAUGAGUUCGUGUUAUACGAUUUUCAAGUUAGCCUGUUAAUGAUCUUGAAGGGCAUUUUCAAGGUCGCUGUUAAGGUCACCUCCAAACGUAAUAUUUUCUGAUCUUUCAGUCUGAGAGAUCAAAAACAUGAGUUCGUGUUAUACGAUUUUCAAGUUAACCUAUUAAUGAACUUGAAGGGCAUUUUCAAGGUCAUUACUAAACGUAAGAUUUUCUGCUCCUCUUUCCGUUUGCGGGAUGAUCAACAUACGAUUCCUUGUUAUAAAAGUUUUAAGGUAACGUCUCAAUGACCUUGAUGUCAUGUUCAAGGGCACGGUCAAGGUUAUUUCCAAAAUUAAGGUUAUCUUUUCUUUCCUUCUACAGGUUCAAAAACGUACGAUUCUUUGUUAUACAUUUUUUUAGUCAACCUGUCGAGGUCAUGUUCAGCUUUUGAAAAUCCUGUACAUUGAGAUGAGGCUUCAUCUAAGGUGAGAUUUUACACAUUUCUUGAAUUAUAAUCGGAAAUUGGCGUACAAAGCUUACAAAUAAGACAUUUUAAUGCUUGAAAUCAUCAGAUCAGAUCAUAUUUUUGAUUCUUUAUUUUCCCAUAAGCGAACUUCCGCUUCAAAAAAUUGAAGGUAGGAUUCCAUGGAUUGCUACACGAGUCAUUUCAAUAUUUGUCACUCGGCUGUGGUGAUCCCUAGAUGAAAUUUUUCGGUGCAAAAUACAAGUUCUUAGGUUAUAUAGUUAAAUAAUUGAAAUAUAAUAUUUAUAUAUAAUAGCGUUUUUUUGUAAAUACACAUGUUUGUACAAUAGAAUGGUGUUGUGAACAAUAGGUUAAUUUUCAUACAGUACAGGGUAGAUAUAAGCUCAAAUCGUAAUUUCUUCUGUAUUAUCACCUUGUAUACAUUUUUUUAUUUGAGAAAUGGACUCCCCUCAGGUUCAGAUACAAUAUACUAUCCACUAAUUCUCUACGGGGUGAGUUAGAUGUACGAAAACAUAGAAGUAACAGUGAUUUUGAACUUCCAAAACUUCAGUAGCAUUUUUGACUUGAAAAUAAAAGAUCAGGCGGUUCUGCAAGAAGAUCAGGUCGAUCUUUAAUUUUCGCACAACAAAAGGCAAAUAACCCGAGUCUCUUAAAACCCUUCUACAGUUCUCUUACUAUUGCUGACUCCAAAACGGAUAUUAGAAAUUUUGAUCAAUUAAAAAUUGCGCAACUUUUGUGUUAUGGCACAUCUUUAUUGCCCUCGUUGAGAUACAUCUUGCCAUUUUAUUUAGUUGAUGGACGUAUGUAUUUUCGUUUUAUCAUGUUUAUUAUAAUUCUACCAUUUUCUACCUCUGAAUGUUCAAAAAUACUUCUUAGUAUUCUUUUAAUUCGGUGCUUUCCACAUUUAAUUUUAUCGCGAUCUAGCGACUUUAGUUAAUAUGACUUACAGGAGCGCUGCUAUGUACAAGGUGUACAAAAAAUAUUCUGAUUUAUUUUUUUGCAUAACUAUCCGGAAUGGAAGCAUUUUCCAAAAGAUGCAUGGAAAUUAUCAACAGGGUGUCCACGGACUGAUUUUUCUCAUUUUUACUCAUUGUUUUGUUGGCUGCUAAUUUUUGCUCCCGUUUUUUUUGCUCAUUUUUCUCGUCAUUUUGGGAUGUUUUUCAAUUCAAUGAGCGUCCUGUAGGCGCUCAGGUCUAUAAAGUGUAUCAAUGAGUCGAAAAGUCGUUAUUUGGUCUAUCAUGGGAGCUAGAAGCCCUUCUAGCUUAAGCAUGAAGCAUUUUUAUUCAUAUCAAUGGCUUGACUAGAGAAAAGCUUCCAAACCGCUCAUUUUUUACUCAUUUUCCGUUCCAAAUCACUCAUUUUUCUCCUUUUUUUUUCGGGGGGUCCGCCUUGUUGACACUCUGAGGUUCGUGCAUUUUUUUCUUUCUAAUACUUUUCAAAGUUAGAGCGCCUUUUUGAAGAACAGGAAACACCAUGAAAAUCAAGGCCAUAAAGGCGUCCUACAAUCUUCGGAACGACUGACGAUACGCCCUUUGAGCGAAUAUGGCAAUAUUUACAGUUAUAUUUUUUGCAUCUUGUGAAUAGUUUGAGCUCCUUGAGGUUUAGAUAUGGGUUUGAAACAGAUUGCUUAUUUCAUGUCUGUUUUGAAAACGUAUCUGCCGCCCACUUUUCAGUAUGCAUAGAUUUUUAGAUUAUAUGCUGUUUCGUCCUUGUUAGGGCUAGUCAGCAUGAUCCUGAGACAGAGGAUAUUCUGAAGUUCUUGAAAAUCAAUGUAUGCUGAAUGGGGCGUGUGUUAGAAUUUUGUAAAUAAUAUACUGAUCUAUUUUAACAACAUAUCACUAACAUGUCAUUUGUUUCGUUUUAUAUUUCAUUUGUAC